AUGUACAGCCGCAUGUCGCGUGACGUCGCGGACAUCCAUAACCCCAGCUUCUUCCUUGCCGCAACCCGUCACCCUCGAUCUCGGGACCCCAGAUCGAGGCCAUGUCUGCACAUCCACCACAAUGACAGGCCGCAGCACGCCAUCGUCUUCGUCGGUGCUGCUCCCCAUGCCCGGGCACCCAGGCUCAUCAUGGGCAACGUAUCGCUCCAGAAUGUCGUCCCUGCUCCGACACCAGGAUACCAAGGUUCUCAUCGCCUUUUGGCUAUUCGGUGCGCUGCGCCUGAUUUCUCAAUGCCUCUUUCCGCUACAGAUCUCGUGACAGCUGCGACUAACAUGACGUGCGAUGCAACAGGCCUGAUCAAUAAUGUUCUCUAUGUCAUCAUUCUUUCGGCUGCCCAAGACCUCGUCGGUUCCUCUAUCCCCAAAGGCGUCGUCCUCCUCGCCGAUGUCAUGCCGUCAUUCUUCACCAAGCUCAUCGCGCCGUACUUCAUACACCACAUCCCGUACCGGGUGAGAGUCCUUGUCUUCAUUACCUUGUCGGCCGUCGGCAUGCUCAUGGUUGCGUUAACGCCGCCGUCGAAAUCGGUGUUGGUAAAGAUGGUCGGGGUGGUGCUGGCGAGCCUGAGCAGCGGAGGAGGCGAGCUCAGCUUCUUGGGAUUGUCGCACUACUAUGGACACAUAAGCCUUGUAGGAUGGGGGUCGGGGACCGGUGCUGCCGGCCUAGUCGGUGCCGGCCUGUACGUUGUCUUGACGGAGUGGUGGAGAUUCAGCGUGAGAGACAGCUUGCUGUUUUCUGCGUCUCUCCCUGCUGUCAUGUUUGUGAGCUUCUUCUUCAUUUUGCCGCUGGAUCCGUUGCGAAAGUCUUUGCAGCAGGAGGACUAUGAAACGGUUCCAGACCAGGAUCUUACGGAAGAGGAUGUGGAGGAUAUGCCUCAGGGAGCGGCUUCGUCUGCGCUGCUGGCGCCAGGCCCCUCGAAUGUUCACGCAGCUUACUCGCUACACAGCCCAGAGGGGUCAAGCUCGUUCAGAAACAACUUGAGGCGCGCCAAGUCUCUGUUUAUUCCAUACAUGGCACCUCUCUUACUUGUGUACAUCGCCGAGUACAUCAUCAACCAAGGGGUUUCGCCGACCCUCCUCUUUCCCGUCGAAUCGUCUCCUUUUGAAGAAUAUCGUGGCUUUUACCCCUUUUAUGGAUUCUUGUAUCAGCUGGGUGUCUUCAUUUCUCGAUCCUCCACUCCAUUUAUCCGCAUCCACACACUCUACGUUCCGUCCGUCCUGCAGGUUGGCAACAUGGUGCUUCUGAUUCUUCAAAGUUUGUUCUUCUUUAUCCCUUCGGUGUAUAUUGUCUUUAUCAUUAUAUUCUGGGAAGGCCUGCUGGGAGGGGCAGUGUACGUGAAUUGCUUCGCUGAGAUCAUGGAGAAUAUCCCUGAAGAAGAGCGCGAGUUUAGCUUGAGUGCUACCACUGUAAGUGACAGUGGAGGCAUCUGCGUCGCGGCAUUUGUGAGUAUUUUGCUGGAGCCGAGUCUUUGUGCGUAUCAGCUGGCGCAUGGGAGGGAUUGGUGCCGUCGGAUUGAGGCCCAACGUAGUUGA